AUGGCGGCGUCCAUGGAGGCCGCAACGGCACCUGCCGCAGUGGCCACGGUGGAGGAGGCCGGCAACACGGUGGAGGAGGCCAGGAUGCUCAUCGGUGUGCUCAACCUGCUCUCCUGCAACCUCUCGCUGCCCCCCGUCAUCUUGCAGGCGGUCUCGUCCAUCUGCCACAACAGCAGUGCCGGUGAGAAGGAGGAGGAGGAAGGGGAAGAGGAGAUGGCUAUAGUGGAUAGGGGCUAUGAGAGGAACGCCGUCGUUGACGGUCUAGCCGAGGUGCGUGCCAAUGGUUCUUCGAAAAGCUCCUCAGCAAUCAACCUGUUUGGGGGAGCUUCUCAGCUUCUUAGCUUUUCUGAGAAGCAGAAGCUCCCCCAAAUAGGGCCUUAUCCAGUUUUCCAUCAGGCAGGGUUACCUUCCACUAGGGGUGAGUAUGUGAAAAUGAAAUGUUUGCUUGAAUUGUACGGGCUAAAGGCUGUACUAACUGCUACUGUGUAG